AUGACGUCUGCCUCCGACUACCCCAGGACCAUCAAGAAGCUGAAACAUCGAGGCAUGAUUGUUGACGUGCCCGCCUUCAACCGCACAAUCGCCGAGAAGGAACACGAGGGCUGCACUGCUAGCCCGACCAUCCUUGAGGAGGUCAUCAACAGUCGUCUGGCUCAGCGUGAGCGCGAGCUGACUUCCAGACGCGGCAGUGUCAAGGCUACAGUGACGCGUCUGGCCGAGAAGGCGUUGGCCGUGGGCCGUCUGGCAAAGACGAAGCUAUUGGCUGCGCUCAAGCGCUAG